CUCGUUAUCAGAACAUUCCAGAGAAGGAAUCAGUAAGGUCUACGGUUUCUUUGAGCCAGGGGUAUAGUCGGAUAGCGCUGUCCGACAUCUCCUCGGAAGUGCGGGUGUGACUCAUCAAUCCAUACAUGCUAAUCGCGUGCCGUGCGGGGCGUCUGGCAGGCUGUGGGCGGGAGGGGCAGCCAAGCCGGGUGUUCAGGAAUCCCAGCGAGGACCUCACUCAGACAAUCAUCUGGGCAGCAAAGUUAGUCCCCUGUUUAUCUGAUUCGACGUAAAAGGAUGGUUACAGUCUGCUGAUGUGUGCGGAGUGCUCACUGUAACAGUAAUGAUACAUGUAUAGCGUCAUCAGACACAGACAGAGAUACACUGGAAUGAAGUAGCGGAGAAAAACAAUAUCCUCAACCCUUGGUGCACAGGCGUACACAGUGAAAGGUUACCGUCAGUGGGAUACGGGUUGACAAGGGCUUUGCUUCGCCAGGCUGACUAUUGACUUAUUCUGAUGAUAAUUAUGAAAGGCAUGAGCCUGUUAAGCCCGGAUAAGCCGCUAUACUAGCGCGUGCAGAAGGCCUAGGACGUGUGGCUGAUCUGCGCAUACCGGCUUACACGGAACGGGCCUGCACUGAAAACGCAUUUACCAGCCAGAGGCUAUAUAGUUACACGGCAAACAGAUUGUGUGUAUGCCGACAGGUGGCGUUACCAGGUGGAUGUAGGCCGAGACCUGCGCCGGAAUACACAAGUCGGACACAAUAUGUUACUGUUAACACCGCCCGUUUAUUGCUCUCUGGUUGUAGGUAAAUGACAGGUACGUACGGUAAGUUGGCAUGGGGCUGAUCCAUUCGAACUGACAGUAAGCCCACAUAACGUGCAAAUCUGCAAUAUCUGGACUGUUGCUGUCAGGGUAAAUCCGAUGAUCUGUAAAGGCGCGUAAGUAACCAUACAUCGACAGAGGAAUUAAUAUAGGGCUUGUAUAACGACAUUGUAGAUCGUAUUAUACCGAACCGAAGCACUGAUGCCCGGUAAAUAACUACGGGAUAACAAUGCUGACAAGAUGGCGGUCAUACCUCGUCGAGGUGGCUUUCUUUUUCUACUUCCUGGCCAGACAUAUGUCAGUGCCAUUAUUCCAGGAGUACAUUCAGGCGGAGACAUUGAAGAAUACGAUUGAAAAAAACAAGGCAACACUGAGCUCUGAUGUGAAGAAACUGAGCAAUGCCUCGUCAGUGUCUGAGCCUGAUAGUGCCACUGAGGCUCAGCAACAGAGUGCUAUCACGGUCCUGGCACUACUGGUUGCAGAAGGCUUGCCAGCCGUCAUUAUGGUAGUGCUUCUAGGAGCCAUCAGUGACCGAAUGGGCAAGAGAAAGGUGUUGCUGUGGUUACCCAGCCUUGGAAUGGUGUGCUAUGCCUUUGUAUACGUCAUGACUGUUUACACGGGCUGGAGCCUUGACGGACUCUUCAUGGCGGCGGCCUUACGGGGUCUCACCGGAAGUAUGCCCGCGUUCCUGGCAGGGGCCACGUUCUUUGCCGUUAACUGCGUCUCAGAGGAACAUCGUGCGUCGCGACUAGCUAUACAGGAGUUCCUGAACGGCUUAACGUUCGCCUUGGGCAACAUCAUUGUCGGGUACUGGGUGAAGAACAGCGGCUUCGCCCAGCCUUUCUGGUUCGUCACAGGUUGUUCACUGGUCGCCGUGAUUGUGUCCAUGUUCGGUGUGGAGGAAGUGACCCCACCGGACAGCCUCAUCCACGACACGAACUGCUGUUCCCGAAUGUUCGGCCCCAUUCUGAAGCUGUUCCGUUGCGCUGAGAGGACGUCUCUACGGAUAUGGCUAGCCAUCAUGGCCUUCCAGUCAUUCUCCUUCAUCGCUUUGGGCCAGGAGAUCACCACUGUGCUGUACCUGCUGGGGGCCCCGCAUUCCUGGUCCCCUGUCAACAUUGGGGUCUACCUGUUCGUCAUGAUGGGCCUUUCGGCCGUGGGUGCCGUCUUGGGCACGUACCUGUUGGGGCGUUUCCUGAGCCUUAGCGAGAACAGCCUCUGCAUGGCUGGUUACCUGUCCAAAGCCCUCGGCAUGAUGUGGUUUGGCAUCAUCAUGAACGACGGGCUUAAAUAUAUCACAACCAUAUUGCUGGUUCUACAGCUGAUUCCAAUGCCGAUGCUACGAUCCAUCGUGUCACGGCAGGCACCAACGACGGACCACGGAAGUCUGUUCGCUCUAAUGCAUUGUGGACAGGGUAUCACGUUUUUCCUGGCACCGCUGGUGUUUACCGCCAUUUACAGCGCCACUCUCCAGUAUUUCACCGGCUUUGUCUUCAUAGCUGCCGUCAUCAUGCUGGCCGUUCCCUCUGGCUUCACGAUAGCAAUACGUGUAUUUGAAGACGACAAGGGUCCACGUGGUAUAUACGAGCGUAUGGCUCAGCCGGACACCCAGAGUCUGGAGAUGAUGGCGGAGUCGACAGCAAGCACACCGACAGAUGCUGCUAGUGUGCAGGGCUGAGUUUCCUGUGCUCCGGGGUAUCAGAGAUGAAAAGCACACCGACAGAUGCUGCUAGUGUGCAGGGCUGAGUCCCCUGUGCUCCAAAGUAUUAGAGAUGGCAAGCACACACACAGACGCUGCUAGUGUGCAGGUCUGUCUCCUGUGCUCCAUAGUAUCGGAGAUGGCAAGCACACCUACAGACGCUGCUUGUGUGCAGGGCUGAGUCUCCUGUGCUCCAAAGUAUCAGAGAUGGCAAACACACCCACAGACGCUGCUUGUGUGCAAGGCUGAGACUCUUGUGCUCCAAAGUAUUAGAGAUGACAAGCACACCUACAGACGCUGCUAGUGUGCAGGGCUGAGUCUCCUGUACUCCAAAGUAUUAGAGAUGGCAAACACACACACAGACGCUGCUUGUGUGCAGGUCUGUCUCCUGUGCUCCAUAGUAUCGGAGAUGGCAAGCACACCCACAGACGCUGCUUGUGUGCAGGGCUGAGUCUCCUGUGCUCCAAAGUAUCAGAGAUGGCAAGCACACCUACAGACGCUGCUGGUGUGCAGGGCUGAAUCGCCUGUGCUCCAAAGUAUCAGAGAUGACAAGCACACCUACAGACGCUGCUGGUGUGUAGGACUAAGUCUUCUGCACUCCAAAGUAGUACAGAAGACUCAGAUGGCAAGCACUCCAACAGACGCUGCUUGUGUGCAAGGCUGAGUCUCCUGUGCUCCAAAGUACACCCACAGAUGCUAUAUUCUUCAGUGGAUCAGAGAUGACAAGCACAUCCGCAGACACAGUCAGUUUUAAGGCUGACUCUCCCGUGUCUCACAGAUGACAAGCACGUCUACAGACGCUGCGAGUGUGCAAGCACGCCCAAAAACGUACAAGGGUGCAGGAGUGAUAAGAAAUGAUAAGCAGACUGGCAGAAACUGUUAGUGUGCAGGACUGGUGUGCUCUGGAGAUGGCAAACGCACUGCAGAAGCCGCGCCAGUGCAGGGCUGAUUCUCCUGGGUGUCAGGGAGUAUGCCUUGGAUACAGGCAAUUCCUCUUUUUGUCUUUACCGUUGAUCUCAUCUCAGUCAGAAUUUUCCUAUCUCUCUUUAUCGUUCAUUGAGGAUUCUUUCAUUGUGAUAUUUAUGUGUUGAAAGCAGAGUAACUGUCAGUUAAUAUAAUUUUCAAUAAGGCUAACUUAUGUUGGUGUACAUACUUUAAUGCGUGUUAUAGCCUAAAUCAAAUUACCAUGUGGCUUGCUCGUGACUGCACUGCAUGGUCGUGCCAGUGUAAAUACUGUCUUUAUUUUACCGUUACAUGCUGUGUUCUCACUGUGUGGUUUCCGUAUUAAGAUGCCGUGUACAUAUACCGUACGCUUUCAUGGCUAUGCUGGAACUUGUUUACAAUAUAUUGAUUAAGUUGGCUAAAUUAUCUGUACGUGGAGAAUGCAUUAUAUUAUAACUGUGGAUUUUUCUGAUUAAGGAAACUCAACUUCAAUCUGUAAAACCUUCGCUUAGUCACGUCGCUACAUGUAUGUGGACAUUUUACGUGGUCGAUCACUGGGUGUCAUAAAUAAACACAAAUUUUUGUAUUUAGUACUCAUUUCAUAUUCUACAAAAGCUUAUGUGAAGGAUUUUUAUGACAUUCCCGGUAAACGAAUUCAUAAGGAUUUAUGAUGUUGUAGUUAUGAUGUUUCGCUUUCUCAGCAAUAAGUAUAUUGAAUGACCCCCGACCUAACAUCCAUCUUAGCUAUACUGUUGGUUAUAGCAGUGUUGUUUAAAAUGCACACACUUGGUUGCGAGUGUUUUCGUGGAAUGACUAAAAAGUUGAGAUUUACAAGUAUACAUGUAUUUGUUGUCUAUUGUCGUUUAACACCACUUUUGACUACUUUGCCAUCAGAAUAUAAGAUUGUCAGAUGUGUCGCUUAUGGGUCUGUCUGGUUUCUUUCAUUCAUAAACCAUUACUCCGUUUUAAGGAUAAGUGAAAUAAUCCGGAAUAGAAUUACCCUGCUGAACAAAGCUCUGUUUGUCACAGUAUCUUAUAAGUUCACAGAUUUCACAAAGUAUCGAUAGGCAGCGAUAUAGAGACAUAUAACGUAAUGACUAAAACUUUAACUCUAAGAGAGCUUUACUGUAUACUUUCAUGUGCAAUAUUUCAGAUAAUUUGCCCCUUUGUUAAAGUGGAUCCGAAGUUGGAAUAUUCGGUUAAGCAUGCAUGACAAUCGUUUCAUUUUGAUGUAGAUGUUAUACUGGAUUUGUUCACGAAAUACGAUAAAUUAUCAGAAUCGGUGUGCGGUUUUAUGGUAUACAUAGCUAAGGAGUCUACAAUCCUCCAGACAUAUCUGUUUGAAAAUCAUUAAACUCUAUCUACCGAAAUGGAUGGCUAGAGCUACACGCUGUUUUCUAUUUCCCUUUGAUUAAUUUAUUUUAUAUGUCGGAUAUAAGUAUAAAGCAACGGAAUAAUAAACUAUAAUACCCUUCCUUGCAAUGUGGUAUUAUAACAAAAUGAUGAUGAAUUUUAAUCGGAAUUAAGAAAAUAUAAAUAACCAAAGCACAUUUAAUGUGAUUUUCUACAUUCCUGAUUAUAGUUGACGUCCGCAAGUACAUACUGUGUUUUUGUUUUGUUCAUAAAUCAGUCACUAAAGGUAUACACGAGAAAGAUAUACACCGCCGUCAUUGUGCUUAGUUAACCACACGACGUAACGCUGGAUCCACGAAAGAUUAUCGUGUCAUCAGUGUGUCAUGUAUAUGCGCAAUGUAUUGUUGAACGA